UCUCAGGCUGGGUCUCCAUGCAACACCGCCAUCAACUGCCGUGCUAGUCAGGAUCUUACCCCCAUUCCUAUUUCAUGUCCUGUUUUUCCCAGGAUGCUUUCUUCUACUCACGUACAUCCUGGGCUGACGGUUGGCGGUGUCGCUCUUUGAGUGGGUAGAUAUUUCACCGAACCCCCGGAGGAGAGAGAGAGAGAGAGAGAGCGAGAGAGAGCGAGAGAGAGAGGGAGAGAGAGAGAGAGUCAAGGCGUGCAGCAGCAAGAGGGGACCCUUUCUAGCGCUAACGGCCAAGGGUGGAGGAGCGGGGGGGUUUGAUCCGGGAGCAUGGCUGCCAUGGCGUUGGUCCCCAGCUACAGCCCUUCGCUGUGGGUCCGGGUGUGCCACGCCCUCCCCCGGCUGGACCUGACCAUGGUGAUGAGGGACAACAGCUUCAUCCCCGACAGCUGGGAGUACCAGCAGACUCUGUUGGUUCUGUCCAGCUUGUCAGCCGUCGCCCUCGUUAUCUCCCUCCUGGUGGUCCUCUCCUUCCUCAUACACUACUGCUGCUGUCACCGUGGCGACCGCAGCGAGGGAUCGGAGGAAGAGGAGGAGGAUGAGGAUGCCAGCACCGGUCACGGCUACAGCGGGCGGAAGGGGCGGGGCAUCUGCUGUGUCACAUGGGUGGCGGUGGCGUCUGUCACUCUGUGCUGUGUUGCUAUAGGCGUUGGUUUCUACGGCAACAGCGAGGCUAAUGAUGGGAUGUAUCAGUUGACCUCGUCUCUUCUCACAGCCAAUUAUACUCUCGCUUCUAUCGAUCUGCUGAUUGCAGACACCAUCAGUGGGCUGCAGGUGUCCAUUUCCGGCCCUCUGUCCUCCAUGGAGGAGCUGUUCGCCGGCAGCAAACCCUUUCUGACGUCCACGCGCAACUGCCGCCGGCUAUCGGACAACGUGAUCAACCUGCUGUCCUCCAUCUCCAUGGCCCGCUCCAGUGGGGGUCUGGCCAACGACAGCGCCAGCAUAGGGGCCCCCAUCGCCGCCCUCACCCCGGCCCCCCCGUCUGUCGCCCCCACCAUUUCCCCAGGCGGGGGCAUCAUGCCCAGCCCCUUCUCGCCCGGCUGGGCCGCCAACACCCUGAUGGUCAACGAGGACUACAGGUGGCUGUCCUACGUGCUGCUUCUGCUCCUUGACCUCAUCGUGUGUCUCUUCAUCUUGCUGGGACUGGCCAAGCAGGCUCGCUGGCUACUCAUUCUGAUGACCGUCCUGGCCUGGCUGGCCCUGUUCCUCAGCUGGGGAUCCCUGGGCCUGGAGACUGCCUCUGUAGUGGCUCUCAGUGACUUCUGCACUGACCCGAACACGUUUGUGCUCAACUCCACUCACUUCAACUCUGGGACCAGCUCAGACGUGCUGGAUUACUACCUGACGUGCAGCCGGCGCAUGAACACUCCCUUCCAGCAGCCUCUGACCCAGUCUCAGAGGGCACUGUCCAACAUCCACACCCACCUCUCCAGUCUGGACCGCAAUGCUCUGUCCCAGUUCCCAAAGGCCGAGAAAUCUCUCAGGGAGGUGCAGCAGAUCCUCAACUCCACCGAGGGGAACUUCCACCAGCUGGUGGCCCUCCUCAACUGCCGCGGGCUCAACAAGGACUACAUCGACUCCCUGAAGGGGCUGUGUUACGAUGGGAUGGAGGGCCUGCUCUACCUCUCCCUCUACUCGUUCCUCUCUGCGCUGGCCUUCACCGCCAUCCUCUGCUCCCUCCCUGGGGCCUGGCGCAGCUUUCCCAGUGACUCUGAAGACUACGAGGACUCCGACAGCGAGAGUGAGGACCCCUUCACCUCCCAUCAGGCACGUAGACAGACGACCGCGGGGUCUCAGCGAGGGGCCCUGCCCCCCUUCUAUAAUUACCCGGGGGCCAGCUGGACACCCCCCUUUUCUAGCGCACCGCCCCUCCCGACUCCAAACGUUUCCUCCAAUGGCAACCCUGGCUAUGAGAGCCUGCCGUUGACUGACAGGCAGUCCCCACCCCCCUCUUACUCUCCCAGCAUGCUGACCGGUUACGGGGGCAGUAGUCAAUCGCACCCCAACUCUUCCCAUUCGAGGAACCUGUAUUCACGCUGAUUUUCUUUCCGUCGUUAUUUGAAAAAAGAAAUGUAUAGGAAUAAAAGUUUUAAUUUUUCAUAUGGACACUUUACUGAGAUGAAAAGACGAAAACUAAUCUAAAUAAACAGAAUGCUAGAUGUGAUCUCAAGAUUUGUAACGUCUUUACCAUUUAAAAAAAAAAAAAAAAAAACCUGUAAAAUUAAAUAGCACCUAAAGUCGACAGGACGAGGGGACUGUGCAAAGGCCUUGCAGGGAGCCAAACACAAGAUGGGUAUGGAUGUGCAAAGGUUUAAAUCAUGUCUAUUCUGUAUUCAUCCUGUUCCCUUGUCCAUGUGAACUGUGAAAGUUGUGAAGCCAAUCUGGUAUUGACGUUACUAUGUUGUAGUUUUAUAUUAUUAAAUGUAUCAGAACCACCAAUUUAUUUUCUAUAAAUAUUGUUGUAGAAAAAAAAACACUGGCAUGUAGUGUGAAUGGAUAUGCAGUUCCCUAACUCAGUAUAACUUUUCUUUCUUUGUUUUUUACUUUUUAUAGGUGGCUAUUCUGUAAUUCCCAUGUCCCUGAUACUCUGUACAUUAUUAGUGUCUACAAUAUCUGAAUAAUCAUGAACAUUUGCUCUUACAAACUGGGGUGGGGGGAUGGGGCUUAAGAUGACCCUGCUUUGGGAGCUAGGGAUGGAGAACUACCACUGCCAAUCAGUCUUGAGAGCAGAGGACCACAACCCAAUGCAAUAUGACACCUGCUACUGGUGUCGCAGGAGUCAUACCAUAGCUAGCAAUAAUAGCUCCUGUACAGCAGUGGGUCUCUGACAUCUCUAGAUGUUUCUGUGUAUAUAUAUAUAAAAGGUAUAGUAUGUGGGAGAUUUCAUUCAAUUACCCCUCCUUGCCUCCUGCCCUUGUUAACCCUUGAAUUAAGUUUGUAUGGUAUUAUCAAUGCUCCUUUUGAAUGGCAUCCUUUUACACUCAAGAGUCUAAUAUAAAUAAAA